ACAGAAGCUUUCAGUCGUUGAGAUUCUCAAUCGCGUUUAGUUUCCCUUUUCUGUUUCUUAUUUUCGUGAUUUAAAAAAUUUUUAUUGAUAAAAAGAUGUCUAAAUUUGCUGUGUCGUUCCCAUGAUCCCUCGUUCUUGCCCAGCAAGCAUUAAUCAAAGAGCGAUCCGUUACGUCUCAUAUCGAUAUCUCUUCUCGAUUGACUGACUGAAAACAUGUUCGCCUCUUUCGUGCCGUAUUGCAAAAUCGUACUGUGCGUUAUCCUAAUAUCGAGGUGUUCGGCCAUUUUCGAGAAACACUGGCUUCCGGAUUUGGAGUGGCGAACUGCGAGCAAUUGGGCGGACAAUCGUGUCCCAGAAACCGACAGUCGUGUGAUCUUUCCUCAACAGACUCGACAUGCGGUGGGCAUCGCCGGGGUUGGCGACCUUCGGCUGUCCGAAAUUGAUUUGCCCAGACAGGGAUUGCUGGUUCUGCCGAGAAACGGUAAACUGCAGCUAAGUAAUUCGCGGGCGGACGCGAAAGUUAGUAAAUGGUCGAAGGAGGGUAGCAUUUUCUGGGCCGAUCCCGCAAAUUGGAACGGUAGUUCGAUAGCGGCACCGCAUCUCGAGCGUGUUCCCUGCAAGAAGGACAAGGUUGUCCUGCCGAGCGAAAAUCGCACUCUGAGUAUCCUUCUACCUGUGACCGAGGUACAAGUGUGGUCGAUUCGGCUGUCGAACGAAAAAGAGCCAUUUACCAGGUGGGAAUGGCAGAACUUUCAAGACCGUAGAGAAUUUCUCAGGGACAGAUUCACCGUAAAGUACAACAAUAUGUACGUGUCUAUGGCCGAUACUUUGGUACCUUUCUGUCAAGGAGAUUCUAUCACGGAUAGUAAUUAUCUCGAAGAGAUCUGCGCCAUUCAGAGACCAAGAUGUGGAUUCACGGACUGCGAGUAUCCUCUCACGGUGGAAGGUCACUGUUGUCCGUACUGUGGCGGACGCGUUUCCACACAGCAGCAAAUUGCAUCCUUAGCGACAGUACAAACCGUGGCAGAUGAAGCUUUAGAAGGAUACGCGGAAAGGGUCGCCUGGCAUAUUAGGCGCACUUGGAAAAGAGGCUUCGAAGUUCUCGUAAAAGAAAAAGGAGAUUAUUCCGGGAUCACGACACAGGAAGCAGUGGAGAACUUGCGGAAAAUGUUGGAAAACGCGGGAAUUAUCAUAUCAAAUGCGGAGACGGCGGGUGCUGCAAUGAAAGAUUCUCGAUUGGCCGUAACACUUGGACCACUUUUCGGGGCGCCCCUUGUUGUGAUCGCCCUUUUCCUGUUGGCUUUUCUGUACUUCGGUUAUUCUUUGGGAUACAUUCUCUCGGGAUGUAUGGAAGCCGUUUCAUCCAUCCGAGAUGGAAUUCGGGCGGACAAGCAGAAACACGGUUUCGCUCGUUUCGAGAACGUUCCCGAGGGCAACGUUCAGAUUGCGGACGUUCCCGGAAUGAGCGGUGGAGAGGCCGGCGAUGACGUCGACGGGAUGAGGCAAGUCGCGGGUGGCAGAUUCGAAAAUCCCUUAUACAGGUCCAAGAGGGACAAAGCGGAAGAACAUAAGAUUCUUGACAUAGACGCGCCCCUCAGCCUCACCACUCUAAAGGGUAAGAUAGAAGAUCAAUUGGAAAAUGAGGAGCUGGAUACCGAGGAAUAAGAAUAAGACAAAUAAAAACGUACGUCAUGAUUAUUAAAUUUAUGUUUAUAUAUUAUAUUGAAUUUUAUGAUCUCAGUUAUCUCAGAAAAUGCUUUCGUAAAUGAUGAUAUUUUGUAAAACGACAAACCUUUUCUGUUUAAUAAAAUCUUCAAUGG